UCUUGUUUGUUAAACAUAAUGAGUCCGCGGUUUUUAGUUUUUUUUCUUUUAAUUUUGCUUUUAAAGAAGCAACGUUGCGCGGAGGCAGAUCCAAUUGAUACCCUAUCGCCGAAAUCUUCCAAUCCGCUUUUUAAAUCGCAGUGUGAAGGAUAUUUUUUGUCGAUACUCAAGCCUCUUCUCGAUCGCGUUGUAAACCUUAAAAUAACAGCCCAAACGAGUGAAGAAUGGAAAGCCAAGUCACAUUUUGUGGCCGAAACUGUAGAAAAAUUAGAGAAUGAAUUGGCAAUUGCUGAUCUACAAAUCGAAAUCAAACAAGAAAUAAUACAAGUAAUAACUAGAAAAAUUGAGAAACAGAUUGAAAAUAUUAAAAUCAAAGAAGAUCUCAUUAUAUUAAAGGAACAACAAAUUGAGAAACAAACGGGUAUGCUUGAGAACGUCGAUAAUAAAGUAAAUAAUAUGACAAAAAUUAUUCAAAACUUAGAGAGUCAGUUAAAAACUGCUGAGAAUAAAAAAAUAUCAAAUGAAGAGCGCAUAAGCGAAAUAAAUGAAGAACUUAAGAAAAACUACGAAGAGUCUAAAAUCAAAGAUGACCUCAUUGAACUAAAAGAAGAACAAAUUAGGGACCAACACAAUACAUUAAAUAACAAAAGUUACAUUAUAAGUAACAUGACGGACACUAUUAGGAACUUGCAAUAUCAGUUAGCUAUGGCUGAAGGUCAACUAGUUUUCGAUAAAAAUCAAAUAAAUGAAAAAAAUACAGAAAUUGAGGAAAAUAAAGAAAAAUUAAAAAUCAAAGAGGAUAUAAUUAUAUUAAAAGACAAACAAAUUAAAGACCAACACGAUCUGUUAAAUACACUAGAUCUUAAAGUGAAUAAUAUGACGGAAAAUAUUAAAGACUUGGAGAGUCAGUUAUCACUAGCCGAAGGUCAAAUUACAGUCAACGAAGAACAAAUAAAUGAAAAAAAUAAAGAAAUCAAGGAAAACAGUGAGAAGAUUAGAAUCAAGGAUGAUCUCAUUAAUUUGAAAGAGGAGCAAAUUGAGGAACAAAAGGAGUUGCUUAAUAGCAAAGAAAAUAACAUGACUGAAAUUAUUAAGAAUUUGGAGAGUCAGUUGGCACUUGCUGAAGGUCAAAAUAAAAUCAAUACAGAGCUAUUACUGAACCAAAAUGGUGACAUUGUAGAUCUAAGAGAACAGAUUCGAAUGAAAGAAACGGAAAUAAAUACCAAAAGCUCGCAGGUUGAGGACCAAAGUAAUCAAAUUUUGAGUAAGGAUUUGGAAAUCCGUAACCUAAACAACAAAAUUAAAUCGGAUUCCCAAAAACUAACUGAUAUAACCAACCAGUGCAGUCAAUUGGACAAUUGCCUCACUGGUUCAAAUGGCUUUCGUUAUAUAAAAAUACGUGAUGUAAAUAUUUUCAAAAUUCCCUGCGAAGCAAGUGGCUAUAUAAUCAUUCAAAGACGUCAGGAUGGAUCCGAGAACUUUAAUCGAAAUUGGAACGAUUAUAAGAAUGGAUUCGGCCGCGUAGAGGGUGAAUUUUUCAUUGGGCUGGAAAAGUUACACAUAAUGACUGAGGCAAGACCACACGAACUUUUGAUAAGAAUGCAAGAUGUUAAAGGUCGGACUGGCUAUGCUCACUAUGACAAUUUCGAAAUUGGCAGCGAAAAUGAAGCAUACGUUUUGAAAGCUUUAGGAAAACAUUCUGGUACAGCUGGAGACUCCCUAUCACAUCAUGAGAAAAUGAAGUUCACCACAUUUGACCGAGAUAAUGACAAUUGGAAGGAAAACUGCGCUCAAUAUGAAAGCGGUGGUUAUUGGUACAACAAGUGUAGUACAAGUUCCCUCAAUGGAAAAUAUAUUGCAAAUGGACGUAGAGAAAAAAAUAACGGCCUAACUAUAUCUUGGGGUUCUUGGAUUAAAUACGAUUUUAAAGUGUCGCUGACCCAAGUUGAGAUGUUGAUAAGGCCAAAGUCCUAAGGAUUAACUCAUUCAAUGUCCUUAGAAUCAUAUUUAUCUAGUGUUGCUGAUGAAAAUAUGUAACAGCGCAUUUUUAAAGAACUCAAUCCUAACUUAAUCCUGUUCUAACCCCGACCAUCCUUUGUUCUUAAUAAAAUGAAAAACCUCUGCACAGCA